UUUAUUUCACAUAUGUGGCCACCAGAGGGCGACGUUAGUGCGGCCGCUUGGUUUCAGUUUAGCGUAGAAGAAAAGUCACUUCGUGUCAUUACAAACGAGUCGAACCAAAAUGGCAGCGCUGGAUGACCUGAAAUGUUUGGAGUAUUUAUCUUUGGUGUCCAAAGUGUGCACGGAGUUGGAAAACCACCUUGGAAUAAGCGAAAAGGAUCUUGCUGAAUUCAUCAUCAGCCUCGCAGACAAACAUCCAACAUUUGGGGAGUUUAAAGCUGCCUUGACACAAAAUGGAGCCGACUUUACGGAAACGCUCACCACGAAUUUAUUUCGGAUUAUCAAAACCAUGCAAGCGUCAAUGACUCAAGCACAUCAGCAAAACCCCAAGAGCGAACGAGACAAGCUGAAAGAGAAAUAUCCUGCUUUAUGUAAAGCAGAUGAUCCCGUGUGGCGGAUGACGUCAUGCCAAGACAUUAAAAACGAUGAGCAAGUUGCCGCAGCAGCCAUGAAGGAGCUGGAGAUGCUCAUGCCUCACUGUGCACCUGGCACAAACACAACAUUGCACAGUGCCAGAAAAAACGCUGCAAGCAAGGUGAGCACUCAGAAGUCGCAUGGUCUCAAGUUGACAGACUGUGACGACGAUGCGUCGGGCAAGCGGCGACGGAAACGACCGUCCCGCUGGAGUGACCGACCGCCGAGCCCGUCCCGAGACGCCGCCCGGGAGGAGGUGAUCCCGCAGCCCAAACCCGUCGAGCGGCCUCUGUCCGACGUUCCCGUGGUGGGCAACAUCUACUGUGGGAAAGUGUCCAGCGUCAUGCAGUUUGGAUGCUUUGUCCAGCUGGAAGGUCUUAGGAAGCGCUGGGAAGGUCUGGUGCACGUGUCGGAACUGCGCAAGGAAGGGCGAAUAGCAGAUGUGUCGACUGUGGUUAGCAGGGGACAAAAGGUCCGGGUCAAAGUCCUGUCCAUGACCGGAACAAAGGCCAGCCUCAGCAUGAAGGACGUCGACCAAGAAACCGGAGAGGACCUGAACCCCAACCGUAGGAGGAACUUUGAAAUGGGCGCGGGUGCCGGGGACGAUGCCCUGAGGAAUCCAGACUUUCCCGUGGAGGUCUGCAUUGUGGAGAGCGAGGAGAACCCAAGUGAGCAAAAGCGAAUGGCCAAGAUCACCGACUUGGAAAAAUGGGAGAUCAAACAGAUGAUUGCCGCCAACGUGCUCCCGAAGGAGGAAUACCCGGAGUUUGAUGAGGAAACUGGAAUCCUUCCCAACUUUGACGACGAGGAUGAUGUGGACGUGGAGAUCGACUUAGUAGAAGAGGAACCACCCUUCUUGCGGGGUCAGACCCGGUGGAGCACCAGCAUGAGUCCCGUCAAGAUCGUCAAGAAUCCCGACAGCUCGCUGUCACAGGCGGCCAUGAUGCAGAGCGCCCUGGCCAAAGAGCGUCGCGAGCUCAAGCAGGCGGCUCGCGCAGACGAGAUGGACCGCAUCCCCACCGGCCUCCACAAGAACUGGAUUGACCCCAUGCCGGACUACGACGGGCGGCAGAUUGCCGCCAACAUGCGCGGCAUUGGCGCACUGCCGGCCGACGUUCCCGAGUGGAAGCGGUACGCCUUCGGGGGCAACCAGGUGUCCUACGGCAGGAAGACGGAGCUGUCCAUCAUGCAGCAGCGGGAGAGUCUUCCCAUCUUCAACCUCAAGCAGCAGCUGGUUCAGGCCGUCCACGACAACCAGAUCCUGAUCGUGGUGGGCGAGACCGGCUCCGGGAAGACCACGCAGAUCACGCAGUACCUGGCGGAGGCCGGAUACACGGCGCGCGGGAAGAUUGGCUGCCCGCAGCCCCGCCGCGUGGCUGUCCGUCGCCAAGAGGGUCUCGGAGGAGUACGGUUGUCGCCUGGGCCAGGAGGUGAGAGCGAAGCCGCCUGUCGUGUGCACAAUGCCCACCGGGUGGCAGCAGAGUACUUUUACUUUGAGGAGGAGAUCGACACGGCCUGCGAAAUGCUCUUCGAGCGCAUGCGGAUGCUGGGCCCCGACGUUCCGCAGCUCAUCAUCCUUCCCGUCUAUUCGGCGCUGCCCAGCGAGAUGCAGACCAGGAUCUUUGAUCCGGCGCCACUCGGCAGCAGGAAACUGAGAGAAACUCCACUUCUAAGCUCUUUGUGUUGGGAUUGUAUUGUUGAUAUUGUGAGAGGAACCUUGAUGACCUGCAAGGCCAACCGUUCCCAGUUUAAGUACAUGCAAUCCAAUUUUUUUGUUGUUUUUAUUUUGAGCGAUGUCAAUUCCAAUCUCCCCUCUCCAGGUGACAUCCUGGUGUUUUUGACCGGGCAGGAGGAGAUCGACACGGCCUGCGAAAUGCUCUUCGAGCGCAUGCGGAUGCUGGGCCCCGACGUUCCGCAGCUCAUCAUCCUUCCCGUCUAUUCGGCGCUGCCCAGCGAGAUGCAGACCAGGAUCUUUGAUCCGGCGCCACUCGGCAGCAGGAAAGUGAUCAUCGCCACCAACAUCGCCGAGACAUCGCUGACCAUCGACGGCAUCUACUACGUGGUGGACCCCGGUUUCGUCAAACAAAUUGUUUACAACUCCAAGUCAGGCAUUGACCAGCUGGUGGUGACGCCCAUCUCACAGGCGCAGGCCAAGCAGCGUUCGGGCCGAGCGGGCAGGACGGGUCCCGGCAAGUGUUACCGCCUCUACACGGAGCGAGCGUACAGGGACGAGAUGUUGACUUCCAACGUGCCGGAGAUCCAGAGGACCAACCUGGCCAGCACCGUGCUCUCGCUCAAGGCCAUGGGCAUCAACGACCUGCUGGCCUUCGACUUCAUGGACUCUCCCCCCAUGGAGACGCUGAUCACGGCCAUGGAGCAGCUGUACACUCUGGGCGCGCUGGACGACGAGGGCCUGCUCACGCGACUCGGAAGGAGGAUGGCCGAAUUCCCUCUGGAGCCCAUGUUGUGCAAGAUGUUGAUCAUGUCCGUGCAUCUGGGCUGCAGUGAGGAGAUGCUCACCAUCGUCUCCAUGUUGUCCGUGCAGAACGUCUUCUACAGGCCAAAGGACAAGCAGAUCCAGGCGGACCAGAGGAAGGCCAAAUUCUUCCAGCCCGAAGGCGACCAUCUCACCCUGCUGGCCGUCUUCAACUCGUGGAAGAACAACAAGUUCUCCGGCCCCUGGUGCUUCGAGAACUUCAUCCAGGGGCGCUCGCUCAAGAGAGCGCAGGACAUCCGCAAGCAGAUGAUGAGCAUCAUGGACAGACACAAGCUGGACGUGGUGUCUUGCGGCAAGUCGACCAUGCGCGUCCAGAAGGCCAUCUGCAGCGGUUUCUUCCGCAACGCCGCCAGGAAGCACCCCCAAGACGGCUACCGUACCCUCAUCGACCAGCAGGUGGUGUACCUCCACCCGUCCAGCACGCUCUUCAACCGCCAGCCGGAAUGGCUCGUCUACCACGAGCUGGUGCUGACCACCAAGGAGUACAUGCGCGAGGUGACCACCAUCGACCCUCGCUGGCUGGUGGAGUUUGCGCCCGCUUUCUUCAAGGUGUCCGACCCGACGCGCCUCAGCAAGCAGAAGAAGCAGCAGCGCCUGGAGCCUCUCUACAACCGCUACGAGGAGCCCAACGCCUGGAGGAUCUCCAGAGCCUUUAGGCGACGCUGACCACUUUUUUGCCAGGGUAGUCGCUAUGCUGACUUGACACUUGACACUUUUUAUUCCGGUCUGGAAUUUUUUUUUUUUUU